UUCAGAAUUGAUCACUGAGCACUGGACUCCCAUUUAUAGUACAAUUGAACUAUGUCCAAUAUAAGUUCAUAUGUAGUUUAGGUGAUUAGGUUGGGCUGUGUUGUGGCUGAUCUACUGCUUGCACACAGAAAACAUUUGCCAUGGAAAUUCUCCCUCGACAGAUUGCCUGUCUCGGUGUGCGGCAAAGCUACCUCCACUCUUCUCAUCACCAUGGAGGCUUGUCUGCUUCUGCUUUAAUGCUGCAGGUGUGUAGAAGUGCACAAACACAGUCAUGUCGCGCCAUCUGCAACAUUGGACAACCUUGGGUGCCUCCAUCACCUCCAUGUCCAGCAGCACCUCUAAGGCAGCCUGCUGCUCGUUACUCAGCACCUACUGCCCUGAAGCAGAUCCUCCCUCGCCUGCCUGUCCCUGCGCUACAGAGUACCAUUCAAAAGUAUUUGAAGUAA